GACAUUUCUCUCCCAUCACUCUUUUCUUUUUUCCAGUGUCCUAAGCCUGAAACUGUGCACCAACUUCAGAGCCGAAUCCACACCAUGUCCAGUGCCACAGAAUGGAGCAGAGAAGAGGACAAGGCCUUUGAGAACGCAAUUGCAGUGCAUUGGGCUGAGGACUCCAAGGAGCAGUGGGACAAGAUUGCUUCUAUGGUCCCUAGCAAGAGCCUUGAGGAAUUGAAAUUGCACUACGAAAUGCUAGUGGAGGAUGUGAGCGCAAUCGAUGCCGGUCGGAUACAAGUCCCCAACUACGUGAGCGAUGAGGCCUCCUCGUCUUCGGCCGCCAAGGACGGGCACGGCGUCUCCGGCGGUGGCUCCGCCGCGGAUAAGAGGUCGAAUUGCGGGUAUGGAGGCGGGUUCUCGGGGUCGAGCCAUGAGUCCGGUGGGCAUGGCGGGAAGGGUGGCUCGAGGUCAGACCAAGAGAGAAGGAAAGGGAUUCCAUGGACAGAAGAAGAGCAUAGGUUAUUUUUGCUGGGUCUUGACAAAUUUGGUAAAGGGGAUUGGAGGAGCAUUUCAAGGAACUUUGUGAUUUCAAGAACGCCGACCCAAGUGGCAAGCCAUGCUCAGAAGUACUUCAUCAGGUUGAAUUCCAUGAACAGAGAUAGGAGAAGGUCCAGCAUCCAUGACAUCACCAGUGUGAACAAUGGGGAUGUCUCAACCCCGCAGGCCCCGAUCACCGGCCAACAGGCCAACCUGAACCCACCGAGCGUGCCCGCAAUGGGAGCCUCCUUGAAGCACCGGGCUCAUCAGCCACACAUGCCCCCUGGUGUCGGGGUUUAUGGCGCGCCAGUGGGUCACCCAAUUGCUGCUCCUCCAGGCCAUAUUGGAUCUGCAGUUGGGACACCUGUCAUGCUUCCUCCUCCAGGGCACCACCCUCAUCCGCCUUACAUGGUGCCCAUGGCUUACCCAAUGCCGCCGCCGCCGCCACCUCCACCAAUGCAUCAAUAACAAAGGCCAAGCCAAGGCCUGCAUAAUUUGAGUCACAACUGCAUACUAUGGGUUCCCAGAUGAAGUUAGCAGGGGAUCAUGUAAACACAACAUUGCAGAUGAGGCCUUGUUUUUGUAAGAGCAGCAAUAAUGGAUGUACAUUAGCCUAAUCUCUAUAGAGCAAUCCUUGUAAUUCAGUUCUCUUAUUGUACAUAUGGCGGAUUAGAUGAUCAUGGUAAGUUCAUUCUGGUUCAAAUCACUUGAAUGUCCGGCUAUUGAACCUUACA